UUGGAGCUCGUGUUCUCGAGCCCAUCAAUCAGUGUCUCAUUCUCGUCGGUGCGAUGAGGUCGUCGUCGAAGGCCGGCCGUGGUGGCCGGAGGGGCAAUCCCUUGCUCAGUGACCACGUGAUCAAAGUCCGACAGCGCCUCCAUGAAGCCCUUGCUCUCGGCAUCAAGGUUGAUGAUAACAAACAGAGGAAGUGGCAGUGUUCUGAUACUGAAAUUCAGUUGCAUGUUCUCAAAGCAAUGGGGAAUUUUAUUGGUUGUGUUUCUCCUCACGCUUUGGAGCAUUCAAUUCCGAAGGAUUGUAUCUCAGAUAUGUUUCUUGCACUGGAAGCUAUUCUUUGUUCAAGAAAUGAGAGAGUUCUGGGCUUUGCUGCUGAUACAACAAACAAAUUGGUCCUAACUUUAGAACUUUCCAUUUGUAAAUAUGAUAUUUGGGAACUUGUGGUUUGUUUGUCACGCUGCUUGUCCAAAUGUCAGUCGCAGGUGGUGAACUCUUGUGUAGUUGCAAUGGAUCAAAUCCUGAAAAGUCCAGGGGUUAUGAGAUGGAAAAAAAAUGAGGAAACUUGGAAAGUGAUUAAGGAAAAUAAUAUAAUUGGCAACCUUGUUAUUGUUUUUAAAGAUGAUGUUGAUGUAGACCAAUCAUAUGAAUAUUUCAUGCACAUAGCUUCUCUUUUUAAAACAAUAAUCUUGAAGUGCCCCUCUGCUAGAUAUUAUGUUUGGAAAUGCUCUGAGUUGAUCAUGAAGCUUGGGAGUAUUUGUUCACACCCGAAUCCUUCAGCAGCUGCUGCUGCCCUUGAGUUGUUUGCAACUCUAGCUCUUUGUGGAGAUGUGGCAAUGGAGCUUUUGGGAAACAAACAAAUUGUUUCCAAGGCCAUUCAAAGCAUGGAACCCUCACAACCUGGCUUGGUUCGAGUUCAGGCCCUAAACGUUUGCCAAUCUUUGAUGAGAUCUGCCAAGGGUUGCCACAUGCUAAUCAAUGUCUAUUGUGAGCCUGUUGUACAAGGAAUAAUUAGUGCAUUGAGCGAACCAUCAACAUAUGUUCAGUCCGCCGUUAGGAUGGUGGCAUUUCAUGUAGCAUUAAUAGCAUGUUGGAGUGGUGAUCAUCAUUUAUGCUUUUGGAAGCUUGGCAUUGACAAAGUCCUUUUUGAUAUUCUUUUAGGAGAUUGCAGCAUGAUCAACAUAAAUCAAAACCCUCUGCCCACUGAAAUGUUGUUUUCAAAAAUAUAUGAAUGUCAUGUGGGUGUAAGAGCUUAUAUAUGGGAAAUUCUCGGAUGGCUUGCAAUAUAUUGUGAAGAUAAGUUUCUCUUCAAAACUGACCAAAGAUUCUGGUAUCUUAAGGUUCUAAUUUCCUGUGCGUGCUCUGCUGUAAAGGUGGUGAUGCAUAGAAGACAUGUUAAGUUGUCCUCCUCUGACAACUUUGAGUUUGAACCUAUAAGAGCAACCCUUCAGAUGCUUUGUUCACCAAGCAAAUACAUUUCAUCACAGGCAAAACACCAUUUAUCCGAAUGUCUACAGUCUGAUGGUCAUGAACAUUUGGAGUUUCUACUAGAGUCACUGACAUUAAUUGCAACUGGAGAUGUCUCUUUAAUAUCAGAUAGUUUUCAAACAACUGUUAAUAUUGUAAGUUUUGGAUGCUAUUCAACUUUAUCAGAGUAUGAGAUUCUUAUUUUAGAGAAGAGAGGUGUAUAUAUUAUAUCAGCCAUUAUCAAUAGAUGCUUAAAUGGUGAUACAAAACUUAGUAGGUCAGCCAUUCCUUCCCAUAUUGAUAGAUAUCCUUAUAUAAAAGCAUGCUGUUGGAGUGAUGCCACUGAUUGGGAAGGGGAGAACGUGAUUUUAUUUCAUUGUCUUCAUGCACUUGCGCGGCUACUCAAUGUCUUAGGGAGAUGUAAUCAUCAAAAAAAUUCUGUUGGCAAAGUUCACUGUGCAUUGUGUGAAAUUUCUGAAGCUCAAUUUCUUGUUGAGAACCUUCAAUAUGUUUUGUCCAAAAAUUUUAGCCCAGGGACAAAAUCAUAUGCUGCAUAUGUUCUUAGCUUCUUCAACUUUUACGGGUUUCCAAGCAAGCUUGGCAAAAGGUUAGAAAGAACACUUGGUGAAAACGAACUUGCUGACGUGCAAUUUGUAUUUUCAAAUGGUCAAGUUCUGAAUGCUCACAGUGUCAUUGUCUUGGCAAGAUGCCCACGUCUGUUGCCUUUUGAAAAAGUUCUCAAUCACAAGAAACCGGGUGAUGUGUCCACAGAGAGGCAUGUAUUUGAACUAAAACCAAGUAAGUUCACACGUGAAGUUGGCAUAUCUGAGGAGGUGGAUGCAAUGGCUUUCAAAAAGAUUUUGGAAUAUGUUUAUUCAGGCAUGAUCCAAGUGGAGGUUGAGGAUGUUGGGCCAGUGAAAAAAAUUGCCAAGUUUUGUGGCUUAAAGUCAUUAUUGUACAUGCUCCAGCGAGGAUUACCUAAAUGGGGCCUUGAUACGCCAAUUUGUGACCUGACACAAGCACUUAAACCAGCUUGCCAGGCUUUUACGGACAUCAGCUUGGAAGGUAAGGCAACUGAAGGAGUGGCUUGGAAUUGCUCAAUCUGCCAACUUUCAAUGCCUCAUAUGUGCGCACACAAAGUAGUACUAUCAUCCAGCUGUGAUUAUUUUAGGGCACUGUUUUCUUCUGGGAUGCGAGACAGUAAUGCAGAUGUUAUCAAGGUUCCCAUAGGAUGGAAUGCAUUGGUUAAGCUAGUCAAGUGGAUGUAUUCAGCGGAGCUCCCAAGAAUAAAUAAUGGUUGUGCGUGGAACAAUAUGGAUGGGGAGCAGCAACUUUCAGAGCUCCAGGCAUAUGUGGAACUUGCUUCCCUUGCUGACUAUUGGUUAAUGAAUGGGUUUCAAGAGGAGUGUUUAGAUGCAAUUAUUCCUCUUCUUAAUGUUGAUCACCAAAUUGUUCUGAAGACAAUUGCCAUUGCUGCCGGCCUCAAUCAAAGGAAAAUAGUUGAGGUUGCUAUCAGCAGCAUAGCCAGUUUGUUUCCUAAAUUGCGUGAUACCGGUGAUCUUGAAAGUUUUGAUGAAGUGAUUGUUGAUAUUUUCCGAGAUAAAUAUCUUCGUGAGAGUCAUGAUUUGGGUGACUGAACAGUUUCAGAUCUAUUGAGCCAUUGUGGGCUUCUCCUGUGCCUGUUAAUUUUCCAUGGCGAGAACUCAGUGGGAUCUUGUAAAUAUCCCUUGAAAGAAAUUUUUGUGGAUAGAGAGAUUCAAGACACAUAGCCAUGUAAGGAUUACACAAUGUAUGUUAUCACCAUUUC